CCCUUGAACUUUUCUGCCUCCCUCUCCCUCUGGAUCGCUUAUUUCUGACCAGCCGUCUUCUGGCUGGCCUUUUUCCUGUGCUCUGGGAGGAAAAUUGGUCUUAAAAGUUUCAAUCUGGGUCCUUUAUUUUCAAACUCUAAAGACACCACCAUGGGAUCCCAGGCAGCCCCAGCCAUUUACAAGAGGGUUUUUCACAGAAUAAGAUGGAUGGUAGCUUUGAUUGUGAUUGUGGUGAGCUGGAGCCACCUGAUCAUUAACUAACAGCAUCCCUGGUACCCAGAAAACGCCGCCUCUUCCUCUUAGUAGCGAACUAGACUGCAAAACGGAGACGACCAAAACCAUCCACCUUAGAAUGAAGCUGCUCAGGACCAGUCCAACACUGAAUGUAUCUGCACUGUGAGGAGGAUGUUAACGCAAGCCUAUUAUUACAUGCCUAUUUAUUCACAUUUUUGUUAAACGUCAACCAGUUUGGCACAAGUAUAUAGAGUGAAGGGCGCGUAGGAUGCCACUUCGUUCCAUUUGAUUUUGCCUGGUGUUUCCUUUCCAUGUCUGCGGAUGUGCUGCACCUCUCUCUGAACUAUGAAUGCUGCGACCUCUUUCUCUCCCUCUCUCCUCGCCGUGAUCUGUAAAGAGUCUUAAGUGCUUAUCCUAAAAGGGGGGAAAACAUUAGGCCUGGCUGGCUGGCCGUGCAAUGAGAGCAUCCCGAAGCUACCCGGCGUUUGUCUUUUCUACGGGGCCCUCGCAAUCCACCAGUGGAAGCAUCUCUCUAGAUUCGUAGAAGCGGGAACCGUUUUUUAAGAGAGGAGGAAAACAGGAGACGGAAAUUUCUUAAAGAGGAAAAAAUGGCAGAGAAGUUUGAAAGUCUGAUGAACAUUCAUGGCUUCGAUGUAGGUUCUCGGUAUAUGGACUUAAAACCUCUGGGCUCUGGUGGCAACGGCUUGGUUUUCUCCGCCGUCGAUAACGAUUGCGACAAGAGAGUGGCCGUCAAGAAGAUCCUCCUCUCCGACCCUCAGAGCGUCAAGCAUGCCCUGCGCGAGAUCAAAAUUAUCCGGAGACUCGACCACGAUAACAUUGUCAAGGUUUUCGAGAUCCUGGGCCCCAACGGGAGCCAGCUGACGGACGACGUCGGCUCUCUGACAGAACUGAACUGUGUUUACAUUGUCCAAGAGUACAUGGAGACCGACCUGGCUAACCUGGUGGAGCAGGGGCCUUUACUGGAAGAACAUGCCCGGCUCUUCAUGUACCAGCUGCUACGUGGCCUCAAAUAUAUUCACUCGGCCAACGUCCUGCAUAGGGACCUCAAGCCAGCAAACCUCUUUAUUAAUACUGAAGAUUUGGUGCUGAAAAUCGGGGACUUUGGCCUGGCACGGAUCAUGGAUCCCCACUAUUCUCAUAAGCUUUGGACUUCCUGGAACAAAUACUGACCUUCAGUCCCAUGGACCGAUUGACAGCGGAAGAAGCUUUGUCUCACCCUUACAUGAGUAUUUAUUCCUUCCCAACUGAUGAGCCUAUUUCAAGUCAUCCUUUCCACAUUGAGGAUGAAGUAGAUGACAUUCUGCUGAUGGAUGAAAGUCACAGCAACAUCUAUAACUGGGAAAGGUAUCACGAAAGCCAGUUCUCAGACCAAGAAUGGCCCGUUCACAACAACUUCGACGCCGUUGAAGUCCAGCGAGAUCCAAGGGCUCUGUCGGAUGGGACCGACGAGGAGGAAGUGCAGGUGGACCCGCGGAAAUAUUUGGACGGCGACCGCGAAAAGUACCUCGAAGACCCGGCUUUCGAUACCCACUUCUCCACCGAGCCUUGUUGGCCGUACCCAGAUCACCACGAGAACAAGUAUUGCGAUCUGGAAUGUAACCAUACCUGUAAUUACAAAAUGAGGUCCACCUCCUACCUAGAUAACUUAGUCUGGCGAGAGAGCGAAGUGAACCAUUACUAUGAGCCCAAGCUGAUCAUAGAUCUUUCUAACUGGAAGGAGCAGAGUAAAGAGAAGUCAGAUAAGAAAGGCAAAUCCAAGUGCGAAAAGAACGGCUGGGUGAAAGCUCAGAUAGCGCUCAAGGAGGCGUCCCAGCAGCUGGCCGAGAAGGAGAAGAGUCAAGCCUUUGACUUCGACUCCUUCAUAGCGGGGACGAUUCAGCUGAGCCUGCAGCACGAGUCGGCUGCGGUCGAUAAGCUGAACGACCUCAAUAGCUCGGUGUCCCACCUAGAGCCCAAAGGCAUCUCCAAGUCGGUCAGCAAGGAGAAGCAGGAGAAAGGAAUGGCUAACUUGGCCCAGCUGGAGGCCCUCUACCAAAACUCGUGGGACGGCCAGCUGGUCAGCGGCGGCGGCGGCGGGGAGGAGUGCUUCCUGAUAGACCAGUUCUGUUGUGAGGUCAGGAAGGACGAGCAGAUGGAGAAGGAGAACCCCCCCUAUCCUAGUUAUCUCGACAGGUUCUUUAGCAGGAAGGAAGAGCCCGAAACUCCAGAAGUUGAGCCAGCCGAAGAUGGGAAGCCCAGGGAGAACGAAAGAGAGGGGAACUUUCUGAGUAAUAGCGGAGAAUUUCUCUUUAACAAGCACCUUGAAGCUAUAGCUAUUCCCCAGUUUCCCACCCCGGUUGGCUCACCCUUAAAAUCCUUGCAGGCCACCCUCACUCCUUCUGCUGUGAAAUCAUCUCCUCAGAUCCCCCAUAAGGCCUACAGCAGCAUUUUGAAACACCUGAACUAAACAGCAGACACUUCUUCCUUUUUCUUUUUGUACUCGCGAAAUGUGUUCCCUUUUUUUAAUUAUUAUUAUUAUUAUUAUUAUUAUAAGUAGUCUUUUCUUUCUUUUUUUUUACUUGAAAUCAAAUGAUGUAACUUUGCUAUGGAUUUCCUUAUAGUUUCCCCCGUUUUACCAUUGUUUUUAACGAUCCGAAUUUCCUUUUUUCCCCCCUCCUCCCUUAAACCAUGACGAUGUUUUGUUUUAAAACUGGCAUGUCGUUUUGCACACCGAGGGUAUAUUAAAAAAAGAAAGAAAGGAAAAGAAAAAAAAAAGUAAGAAAGAAAAAGAUUCUUGACAAUGCAAAAUUAGAGGAGUAAUACGAAAGAAAUGCACUAAAACCCCGUAGAAACACUCUUUUUAUCGACAACGCGUCCUUUUGCAGAGUUAAAAAUAAAAAACAAUCUUGCCUUGAAUCCACACCACAUCCAUCGUUUGCAUGAGAAAAAAUAAUCUAUAUUUUCCCCCCUCAAAACAUUUCCGCCCCCCCCUCUCCAUUCAUAUGUAUUUUAGAAUUUUUCAUACUGUACACAUUUCUUCAACACAUGAUACCAGCAGCAACUGUACAUGAAAUGCAGAAAUUUUGGUACGCAUGUUUGUGAUCUACCUCAAGGUAACCGCAGUAUGUGGCAAAUAUUCAAUUUCGACCCUAGUGCUUAUCAUAUUUAGCCAGCAUUAUUGUAGUAGGUGGUUAUUACGGAGAAGAAGAAGAAAAGGAAGGGGGAAAAAACAAAAACGUUCAAUAUUUAUAAAUAUUCCGGUAUGCAUACUUUAUAGUGGAAAUGUUAAUAUGCAGCGUUUUUAUUUAUUUGAGCAGAUUAUAUUUUCUGUAACGGUAGAAAGUCGAAUUCUUUUGGACUUGAUUUACAGAUGAAGUUCUUACUAGCACUGUUGGUUUGUUGCCUACAUAACUGAAAUAGACAUGAAAUAACACCCCCUUA